UUGAUAUGAACAUCUACGUGUAUGGAUUCCAUUCCUUGGAGUAUGGAGAAGUUAAGGAAAAUCCUUGAAAAAUAUCCUUCAAGUCUCAAGGCAAAGGACGCUUUAGAAAAGCUUACUCUAGAACAGAAAAAUAACAAAAUAAACAACUCUUUAACCUAUCUCGAAACCUGUGUUGAUAUUGAAAAACCAUGCACUUGGAAUUUUAUAUCGUUUCUUUAUUUCUGCACAGAUGAAAAAGAAAAGGCAGAAGAAUUCAAUUCAAAGGUAUUAGAGCAUAGUACAGGCAAUACAAAUCUGAUUGCCAUCGCAAACAAAGCACGGUUUGAACUGGACAAACGAAAUUUGACGAAGUGUCGGUCUUUAUGUGACCAACUCAAAAACUUGAAAGAAGAUAACUCCUCUCAUCUGAUCGCAAAAGCAGAAAUUGCCUUUACGUACUCAAGAUUAGGCACUAACUUUUAUCACACAGCUUCAAAUUUGUUCAAAAAUGUCAUAAAAGAAUACGAUAACGGCGUUAAAGUCCCAUCAGAGUACGUCUGCAUUUGGAUGUACGACUAUGCAUUAACACUAAAGCGGCGAUUACAUGUCGGCAAUUUACAUGAUGAAGAAGUAGAUUUAUCAGACGACAAGCACAAACACAUACUUGAGAUUUUUUGCCGUGUUAUUCACAUGGCAGGUGAAGAAGAUUGUUUAAAACAUGUCAAAGCACGAGUAUAUGUUGAUAUAGGUUCUAUUGCUUAUAUCAUAAAACAUAGCGCAAAUCCGCGUGAAAUGAAGAGUCUCUUACCAGAAGAUUCAGAUUUGGACUUAGAAGUACAAGAUUACUUUGAGAAAGCUUCCAAUAUUUGUCCUCAGGACGUGUAUGUGUUAGAAAGAAGCGCAAAAUAUUACAGGUAUAUGCGAGACUAUGAAGAAUCAGAGCGUUUGCUGAAAAAGGCUCUUGAAAUAAGAAAGACAUCAUUCAUAUAUCACCAUCUUGGUUUGAAUUUACUGAAAGAACUUGAACAAAAAAACUUAGUUCGACAACGUUCAAUAGGAAGUAAUGGUUCUGUGCCACGGAACCCUCCGGCAUCCGCAAUUGGACAUUCAGCUUUUACGAAAUCUAAGGCAAAAGGCAUCGCAAAACAAAAAACAGAUCUAGACGAUAUCAACACUAAAGGUCAGCAAACCCCGGGAAACAUCAAUAAAACAAAACACACAAAAGAGGUGGUGACUCAAAUGGCAGGAGCUGGAUCCAAAUCUACAAUAAAACUGGCAAAUACCAACCGGGAAAAUCCUAGAUAUAAUAAGUUUGAACCCCUGUCUUCGUCUAGUACAGAUCACGCUGUUUUUAGUCCAAGCCAAGAUGCAUCAAAAUCAGUCAUUAAGAGUCCACUCAGACCUAGGUUUAUAAGUUAUGAAGACAAUAAAGACAAUGUUGACAAAAUAAUAGAAUACUUUGAUGAAGCUAUAAAACUGUCUACAAACUGUGCUGCUUUGUACGAUAAGGGACUGUUGUAUCGACAGACUAAACGGUAUGAAAAGGCUUUUGAGGUUUUUGAAAAUAUGACGAAAAACAAAGACGAUAGUGUUUCCCUGAUUUACUUGGCAAAUGCGUAUGAACAAGCAGCCCUGUGCAUUCUUGACCUUUUAGAGACGGAAAUCCAUAUUUCUAAAGAGGCAAAGACAGACAUGGAAACCAAAUUGAAGACGUACUUGGUCAGUUCGAUAGAAAUAUCAAGCAACUGGAUUGCCAAGUUUCCUUCUUUGAACAAUUCUUGGAACUCUUUACCUACACUAGGGAAGGUUCUCAAUACUGAAUCGAACAAUGAAGAAGACCUUGAUCAUUGCGCGUUUUACUAUAGCAAAAUACAAGAUUAUACGGGGGCAAUUCAAGCUCUUGAUAAGUUAGUAAAAAAGGCGGACAUUUUUCAAGAUAAGGCAAAGACAUAUCUUUGUCAGUGUGACUAUGACAACGCGGUAAUGACCUUUAAUUGCUACUUGAAUCACAAACCCGAAUGGCGCGAUGAAAUAGAUACCAACCUGUAUUUGGAAGUUCACAUUAAAGCCGGCUUAGAUGCCUUUGGAAACGGGCGUGAAGACAUAGCUAAACUUCGAAUAAGGAAUGCAUUUGAUUUUAUAGAAAGUCCAAUUGAGAACGUUGACCCUUACGAUGUAAAGGACUGUGGACAAGAUGACAAAGAAAAAUAUGACCUGUUCAUUCUGUGUGACAUAGACGAUGAAACAAAUGGACAACAUCUCAUGACGCUUUUAAAUAGGUUGGGACUUCAAACAACUUCGAACGCAGACAAUAUCAAUAUUCUCCCGGGCACCCCUGAAGACGAAGGAAUAACGCACUUGAUGGAAAAGUCUAAGAAUUUUGUCAUCAUAAAUGACACCAAGGAGAUGAAAAAGGAAACACAAUAUUUUGCAAGAAUUAUAGGAAAGCUUGCCAACAAUAGACCACAAGACAUUGCAGUUGUUGUGAUAACAAGACCAGGAGUAGAUCUAGCAGGAGUAGACGUGCCCUCAAUGAUCCGUUAUGGACCUACAGCCACAAUCAGUAUGGACAUGGAAACCUUAGCCAAGGAUGAUUUCAAAAAUGAUGCUCAUAUGUUGAAAAUUAUCGAAGACUUACUGAUGGCUUUGUUAAGGCCAAAAAUUUAGGUG